AUGCGCGUCGGAAGUUUACUCGCCACUGGUUUAUUCUACUUCGCGUUGUGUUCGGCUUCUGUCGUUCCUGUGCAACAGAGACGGGCAGGUCCUUCGCCUAGUUCUAGUUUACGGGCGGCGCUCAAGCAACCGGUCUACAUUGCCAAGUUACUCGGUAGCACCAAUGACCUCGCUCGUUGUCCUGCAGCUUCCAUAGCUUGUCCAUUAACACCUAUAUCGAUCAGCGACGUGACUUCAAGUACGGAAUGGGAAUGCGUCGUUUAUAAAGAAGAUAUGUAUUCGUGUGGUGGAUGCGCUACUCUUCUUCCCGCGACAGGAGACGACGCAGCGGCCGAAGCUAAUGUCGCUUCUCUCGAUAUUGGAACUAUCGACUCUACGACUUCUCCAUUAUUCGGAGUUGAUUGCACUGCUGCUCCAGGAAUCUCAUCGACGUCUUGCGUAUCUGGAUCCUGUGUCGCCUACUCUUGCGAGAAAGGCUAUCGCCAUCACAAAGGCUCUUGCGUUCCGAGACACUCGCGUUCAUAG